AUGUCGCCGCCGGAUUUCAUUUCAGUCCUGAGAUCUGGGAGGACCUCGUCCAGAACAGACCGACCUGGAGAGGAGAAGUGGAUACCGGUGCUGCCAUCUACAAAACAAAUCGGAUCGCCGCCGCCGCCAAAGCCAAACGAGAGGCCCUCAAAUCACAAGUGCCUCGCCUCCACAGUACCAACCAUCCGCCGCUUCGUACAUGCCCGCGCUGUCAACGCACAUUCUGCGCACGAGUCGGUCUCGUUGGACACCCUCGGAUUCAAUGCGCCAUCAAUUCGACAACGUAUACCUCUUCUCCCACUCUCGCCCCUGCCGCAAACCCCGCACCGAUCGGCACCCCCGUCACCGCCGACGACACUUGCUGUCCCGCCGUCACCGUCCACCGACAUCAUCCGCCCUGCCCCUACCCCUUCAUCGACAUCGGUGGCCUAG